AUGGGCAUUCGCGGUCUCCUCCACCUGCUGCAGCCGUACCGCGUCGCGCUCGAAUUUCCGCUGCUGCCCCAGGCUGUUGUGGCUGCUGCCGAUGACGAUGCCGACGUGCAAGCGAGUGCCGACGCGACGCACAGUCGGCCAGGCGCCGUCCGUCUCGAGUUGGCCGACCAGGACGACUCUGAUGGCUUCGCGCUCAGCAAGGACGCCGUUCGCAACCACAGGGACUCCUACAGUGGCCGGUCGCGCCCAUCUCUGUCUCCUCCUCUGGCUUCUUCUCGGUCCUCCUUCCCGGACCCGGACCCGGACCCGUCUACUGCUCACCCAGCCCAACAUCAGCAUUCCGACCUCAGCUCGGUCACGAAUGCCGUCGACGGCGCUGUCUAUGCUGUUGUCGACGGACCGGCGCUCGCCUACCACGCCUACCACGUCGCCUUGUCUGGAAGACGUCUUGCAGAGAAUGCGCUCGACGCUCUUCCCACGUACGAUGAAGUGGGUCGCAUCGCGACAGAUCUGCUAGACACCUUACAGGCCCAUGGGAUCCGCGUCGCCGUCAUCUUCUUCGACGGGGCGCUGCCGGAGCCCAAGCGCGACGUGAGGAUCCAGCGCUUGUCCGCCUAUCUCCGUCAGCUCGAGCAUUAUCGAUCCGUGCAUUCCUUUCAUUUCGGACCUAUGUCCGACUGCAGCAUUGUGGAUCGUCUUGCCUCUGCUGCUGUUGAUACGCCGGCUACGGCUCCGCUGACGGGGAGCGACGAAGGCGCGGAUGACAGAAGCAAAAGAAGUGCCGAAAUCAAUCGUCACAAGAACGAUGAAACUAACUACAACGACGACGGGAACAGAACCCGUAAGCAAAACAAUCGUGGAUCCACUCCGUCUACACCCUGUUUCUCGCCAGCCCAGGUGCCCGCGAAGCUGAAGCUACUACCUGCCCUGCCGUUUCUGGUGCCUUCCAUCAUCGAGACGUUGCACAAGACCGCCUAUGCCGGUCGUGCCGUCGUCGUUCCAGGCGAGGCAGACUCCUUCUGCGCCGCUUACGCCAAGGAUCGCGAGGCCAUGAUUGUUACCAGUGAUUCGGACCUGCUGAUCUACGACCUGGGCCCGCACGGCUCCGUCGCCUUGCUCAAGGACAUUGAGCAUCAGAGUGCCGCAUCGUCCAACGGCGCAGAACGACGCAGUUGUCUGAGGGUAAUGCGGUACGAGCCUGCGAGCAUGGCCCGGCGUUUCGGCCUGAAGACUCUCGAUACGCUUGCGUUCGCGCUGCACGAAGACCCGCACAAGAGCUUCAGCACAUGUCUGCAGCGCGCGCGGUGCCUACAGUCGGACCCGAGUCUUGCGUAUCUGGAGUUUGCCGCCUCGUAUGCGGCGGCGAAUGCUGCGUCCGCUCUGGCCAAUGUCGCCGUUGGCGCAGCGCCGCUUCGAGGGCUCGAUCCGCGCGUCUCUGAAUGGGUCCGUGACGGCCAGGACCUUGGCUUGUUGAGGCUUCCUCCCGAAGUGAGGGCGCUGCUGGUGGCCAAGACCGCCUCCGCGCCCGCUCGCAUGUACCUUCCCGUGCUGAUCGAAGACGCAAGCAGGAGCAGCGCCUGGGACGUCGGCGCAGACGUUCGUACGCUGGCCUACUCCGUCUUCCGCCCGGCGCGCCCAAGCGCUGCAUGUUCGACGAAGGAAGUAGUGCGACGCGGCAACCGGAUCGUAGAGACGAGCGUGCAGCACCUCGACCUACCCAGCGUGCUCGAGAUGCUCGGCCACUUCCAGGCUCUGGUGAAGCAUCUGCACUCGUUGGACGUGUCGCGCCGUCUGGUCUGGCCGCUUAUCGCCUUGUACAUGAUGUGCUCGCAUCUGCAGCGUGACGGCAGGAAGCUGCCGUCGGCCGCGAUGCUCAACGCCCUGCUCGUCCGCCGCAGGCCAUACCGCAACUGGGAGCACGUGCAAUGGUCUGCCCAGAUGCAGGCUGCCGCGUAUUCGUUGCGCAUGCUUCACCAGUGCCUUGAUCUCGGUAUGCUGUCGCCGCAUUCAAGCUCCGGCUGUGACGUGACGGCAGCGAUCGAAACAACCACGGAGCUCCUGCGCACACUGCCAAGCCUGGCGUCCUGGUUCGACGAGGACGUACUCGUUGACGACGCGGCGAUCGACCAGGCCGUCCGUAUGCUUCUCGACGCGUUGGGCGUCGACACAGCCGAUCGCACGUGUGCGGACGAGCAGCUGACGGGUAAGCAGCGGAAGAAGAAGAGGAAAAAGGAGAGGGCGGCCGCGAAGGCGGCACAGACCGGUGACAUGGGGACGAACGUGUCGUUGCCGAACAUGUUCAGCCUGUUGGCUACUGGCUCUCUGGGAAAUGAUGCUUGA